UAUCAAUUAGCGGAACAAGUUCUCAGUUGUAUUUAAAUGUGUUUCCAGGAUAGGAUUGUUGCUAUCGACUAGAAGUCAUCAGCAACAUGAAACUUACUUUAAUAACUACGCUGUUUUUCCUAAUUGGACUGGCUCAAUGCCAUGCUCAAAAAUUGAAGUUUUGUUCCACGGAGAAAAAUCUUCCUUUUUGUUUGAAAAUGGCAGAAGAACACAAUGAUUUGGUCGAAUGCGUUUCUCGAAUUGAUGGAUUAAGUUGUUUGGAAGCUAUUGCAGCCCGUGAAGCUGAUAUCAUGAAUCUGGAUGCUGCGAAUAUUUUUGUAGCAGGAAAUAAUUUUAAUUUAAGUGUUUUGGCAUUCGAACAAAACAAUGGAGAACCUUACAAGUACCGAUCGGUGGCACUAGUACCAAAGUCUAUGGAACUUUCUUCUCUAAAUGAUUUGAAAGGAAAGAAGUCUUGCCAUACUGGUGUUGGUAGAACAGCAGGUUGGCAAAUUCCAAUAGCUGAACUUACAUCGCGAGGGAUAAUGGAUUUACUCUGCAGUGGAGAAUUAGCAACUGUAGAAAAGUUUUUCAAUCAGAGUUGUGCUCCUGGAAAAUGGUCGAAUGAUCCUAUUGUUGACGCUGAAUUAAAAAAACAACAUCCGAACCUUUGUGCACUUUGUGAAAAUCCCGAACUAUGUUCAAGGAGCGAUCGUUAUAGCGGAUACGAAGGAGCUCUUCGAUGUUUACAUGAAGAUAGAGGAGACAUUGCAUUUUCAAAAACAGAAGUUGUCGAGAAAUAUGUAGAAGACAAUCCUGAUUUUGCUGAAAAAUACGAAUAUUUAUGCGCUGAUAAUACUAGAAAGAGUCUAAGUGAUGGCGCCGAUAUUCAUUGUAGUUGGGGAGUCAGACCCUCUAAUGCAUUUGUUAUUUGUUCACACAAAACAACUGAAGAAAGAGACCACUAUUACUCAGUCUUGCGACAACUCUAUUCCCAAUAUUCAUCUAACAUCCCUCAGAUACAAAACCAACAACGUCCAGAAUGGUUUACUAAAUUCUUUGUUUCUAGUGUAAAUGUCUCAGAUAUUCUUCGUACAACUCCAGAAAAUGAAGAUCCUCUCACUUAUCUUGGCAAAUUCACUUAUACAAUGGAUCGCAGACAUGGCGGAUGCGCACCAAUGCCAUUACGAUUCUGUACUACUUCAGAGCAAGGUGUGAAUAAAUGUAGAGAUUUAGACAAAGUGGUCCGUUCUAGAAGAAUAUAUGUUAAAAUUGAAUGUAUUUUGGAGGCAUCUACAGCCGAUUGCAUAACUGCUGUGAAAGAAGAUAGAGCGCAUCUUAUUACAUUAGAUGGUGGCGAUGUCUACCGUGCAGGAAGAUAUUCGAACUUGAUUCCAAUUGCUUCAGAAUUAUAUGGUAAAUUAGAUGAAGGUGCUACCUAUUACGCUGUAGCAGUUGUACGUAGCAAUAGCGAAAUAAAUGAAUUAGAAGAUUUAAGAGGAUUAAAAAGUUGCCACACCGGAAUUGGUAGAACAGCAGGAUGGGUUAUGCCUGUUGGAUUUCUUACCAGUAAAGAUCUAAUUUCAAAAAGUCAAUGUGAUAAAGCAGCUGCAAUUGCCUCUUUCUUUUCCGCAAGUUGUGUACCUGGUGCUAACAAUCCUAAAUACAAUCCUACUGGUUCUGGAGCAGACAAACUUUGUCAACAAUGUAUAGGUGACGUAAACGGAGAAAACAAAUGCGCAAGAGGCUCUACAGAAAGAUACAGCGGAUAUUCGGGAGCACUGCGUUGUUUGGCCGAAAACGGCGGCCAAAUAGCAUUCGUAAAGCAUACUACAGUGCCCGAAUAUACAGAUGGUAGCAGUGAAUUAGAAUGGGCAAAAGAGUUGAAAUCCGAAAACUUCAAACUGCUAUGCAGAAAUGGAAGUAUUGACAGUGUCGAAAAUUAUAAAGAUUGCAAUCUUGGACGAGUGCCCUCUCAUAACGUAAUGAUUUCGGGUGACUAUCUCCCAGUACGAUUAUGGUUCACCGAAUUGGUUACUGCACUUGACAAAUGGUUUGGUUCAUCGUCCAACAAUUUUAAUCUCUUCAAACCUUACGGAGGCAAAGCCGAUCUUCUUUUCAAAGAUUCUACAACAGCUUUAAAAGCAGUGCCCUUAACUAGUACCUAUAAAGACGUUUUGGGUGAAGACUAUGUUAAUGCAGUCGAAUCGACUGAUCCUGCUCUUUGCGUAGAUAAUUCAUAACUGUGAUAUUUUGACUUUAUUUCUUUAAAUUCAAGUAAUUUGAUAUCACUUCAAAAUAUAAUCAACAGUAUUCUGUGAAGAAUAAAUGUCUUUCUUUUAUGAAAAUAAAAUUGAUUUUUAUAUAAAAA